CACAAUUUUUUGUAUUUACAAUUUUUUAUUUGCUAAAAAUGGAAGGCGAGACCCAAACGACAGUAGACGCUUCAGAACCCAUUAUUGUCGACCAAGACGAGCAUCAAUCUGUUGCAGAUUUAUUCCCCGAACUCACCCGCGACCAGGUCCUCAACUGUGCUUUCUCCUCUUGGUACCCAAAGCUUAAAAAAGUAACCUUCAAAUCAAUUGUGCUCAAGCCACUCCAGGCAACCUUCCUCGAGUACCUUCUCUCCGACGGCAUAGUGCUUCCGGACAAUGAAGCAGAGCACAAGUUCCAAAGCAUGAUUGCAAACGCUUCUUCCGACGAUGAAGACGAAAGUGACUGGAGCGACGAAGAUGACGAGGACAGUGGUGCAAAGAUAAUGGUGGAUAUUGACGCUUCGGUUCAGCAGAUUCGCAAGGCUAUAGAGGAGCUUGGCGGGAAUGUGUUUCCUAGAAUGAACUGGAGUGCACCGACGGAUGCAUCGUGGAUGUCCUGUGAUAACACUCUGAAUUGCCGCAACCCGUCGGAAGUACUCUUGCUGCUUAAGGGGUCGGAUAAAAUCAGUGGUGAUCUUAUUAAUGGCAAGUACUUGGAUAUGCAAUUCUGGGAGCCUGAGCUGGUACUCAGACAGUGGUGCAAUUUGAUUCCAUCACUUGAGUUCCGCUGCUUCGUGCGCGAUGGACAUGUUGUUGGGAUCUCGCAGAUUGACAUGCAGCAUUAUUCGUUUUUGGAGGGUAUGGCUGAGGAUAUCGAGGACAAGUUGAUGGAUCUGUUCACGGAUCAUGUUUCCGCGGCGUUCGAGUCUGAAAGCUAUUGUUUUGACGUUUAUGUGACCCGCGCUGAGGGCCGCGCCUAUGUUAUUGAUUUCGAGCCGUGGGCGGCAGCGGUGGAUAGCUGCUUGUUUGAGUGGAAAGAGCUUUUGGAGGUCGGCCAGGAGGGACUCGGUCUGAGGCUGUUCCCUGAGGGUAUCGAUGCCAUGGGCCACUUCUCGGCUAAAUUCUCAACCAACAGGUUCCCAAUUGAGCUGGAAGGCAACGCAUUCAUGGAGGCGCUGGCAAGGUUCAAAAAACACAGCAUCCACAACAUCAUCAAGGAGGCCGAGGAGACCGAUGAGGCCGAAGAAAUGGACGAGACCAAUGAUUAAUUUCAUUUUUAAUACUUAAA